AUGGGGAACCAAGCCAGCUGCAAGAAGCCCAGCAAUCUAUCCACGGAGCUGAGCUCGUACGAGGCGGCUUGCGCAAUCGACGAGGAGCUCCGAUCUUUCGACACCAAGCUCCAGGCGCGAACCAACCACGUCAUCAACACGGUGGCCGCCGAUGUCGAGGUCAGAGCUCUCUCGUUGGAUUCUCUGAAGGAAGUGAUAGGGUGCCUGCUGGACGUGAACCAGGAAGUCGUGAAAGUGAUCCUGGACUGCAAGAAGGAUAUAUGGAAGAGCCAUGAGCUCUUCAAGCUCGUGGAGGAUUACUUCGACAACAGCCUCCACACUCUGGAUUUCUGCGCCGCGCUCGAGAAGUCGUUGAAGCGCGCCAGGGAUAACCAGCUGCUCCUCCUCGUCGCCCUCCAACAGUUCGACGAGGAGGAGUUGUCUAAAUCAGAAUUCGGAUCGGGACCGAAGGUUUCGUACAAGAGGACGAUGGAGGAGCUAAGGAAUUUCAAGGAGGCAGGGAACCCGUUCACGGAGGAGUUCUAUGUCCGGUUCCAUAUGGCGUACAAGCAUCAGAUCGAAAUGAUGGAGAAGUUGCGGAGCAAGAAGGGAAAGCUGGACAAGAAAUUGAAAUCGAUUCACUCGUGGAGGAAGUUGUCGAGCAUUAUCUUCGUAGCCAGCUUCGCGACGGUGCUGAUUUGCUCGGUGGUGGCGGCGGCGAUAGCGGCGCCUCCGGUGGCGACGGCGGCGCUGGCGGCAGCAACGUCGGUCCCUCUGGGUUCGAUGGGGAAGUGGAUAGACUCGUUGUGGCGGAACUACGAGAGCACGGUGAAGGGGCAGAGAGAGCUGGUGGGGACAAUGCAGUUGGGGAGCUACGUGGCAAUCAAGGAUCUGGAGACGAUCCGAGUGACGCUGGAUCGGCUGGAGGUGGAAAUGGUGGCUGUGGAGAAGGCGGCGGAGUUUGUGUCGACAGAGGAGGAAGGUGGGGAGGCGGCGGUGAAGAUCGGGAUGGAGGAGAUAAGGAAAAAGCUCGAUGGGUUCAUGCGGAAUGUGGAGGAGUUGGAGAUUCAAGUUGGCGUGUGUAGUAAGGAUAUUCGGCAGGCGCGGACCGUUGUGCUUCAGCUGGUCAUAAAGUAA